AUGCUUUUACGACGAAUUAUCUGUUUUCAUUAUCCAUAUAAAAAUCUUUUACAUCGUCAUGCUUCAUCAACAACGAGUUUAGUAAGUAUAUCAACAAAUGAUAAUGACCAAAUUUGUCGUAUUAAAUUAAAUAAUCCACGUCAACGUAAUAUUCUUUCACUUGCAAUGAUCAAUGAUUUAAUCAAAGCUAUUGAAGAUAAUGAACAACGUUCACGUGUUAUUAUUCUUACUGCUGGUGAUCAAACUGUAUUUAGUUCUGGUCAUAGUCUUAAAGAAUUAUCUGAAUUAAGUAAAACAAAAGCAUGUAGUUCUGUCUUUAAUCGAUGCACUGAACUAAUGUUAAAAGUUCGUCAAUUAUCUAUUCCUGUUAUUGCUGAAGUAUUUGGUUUAGCUGCUGCUGCUGGUUGUCAACUUGUAGCAAGUUGUGAUAUUGUAGUAGCUGGUGAAAAUGCAUCUUUUUCAGUUCCUGGUGUUAAACAUGGAUUAUUUUGUAUUACACCAGCUGUUGCUGUUCGUCGAUCGAUUACAAAUCCAAAAUUAUCUUCAUUAAUGUUGUUUACUGGUGAACCAAUAUCAGCAAAAGAAGCUUAUGAUCAUGGUCUUGUUAGUCGUGUUGUUGGUGAAAAUGAUUUAGAACGUGAAACAAAUAAAAUUGCUCAACAAAUCUGUGCACAUAGCCGAUCAGUUGUUGCUAUUGGUAAAAAAUAUUUACAAAUGAAAGAUGAAAAAGAUGAUCUGCUUAAUGAUUAUCAAAUAGCAACACGUGGUAUGCUUGAAAAUCUUGAACUUAAAGAUACUCAACAUGGACUUGAGUCAUUUAUUAAAAAAACACGUCCAACAUGGACACAUAAAAAUGAUAAAAUUUAA